AAGAUUUCACUCAAUUUAAUUACCCCUCCACCUCCCUCUCACCUCUCACUUUGCAAAAUAAUUGGACAGACUUCCAAUAAUUUGAUUUCCUCUAAAGCCAAAGGAGGCUUUGUGUAAGAUUAUUUUUUGGUGUGUGUGUGUGUGUGUGUGCACGUUCUUAUUGGUUAGUCACAACUGAUUAAAGCAAACCUUUUUGAGUGGGGUCAGAAUAGUCUGCUAGCCUCAUUUACACUAUCACCUCCCUGUUUUUUGAACGGACAAUCCGGAAAUACAUAUGCAAAUUGAGAAUUACAUAUGUAUUAACUGCCAAGACGCAUUGUGUCUCUUUUAGGGGAGAAUGGCAGCAAAUUACGAUUUGGGCUUAUUACAAAUGCUUAGUGAAUCCCAUUUAUUUAUUUAUUUAUUUAUACUGUGUGUUUGCAGUCAUUUAGAAAUAGAAAAGGAAGUCGUCUAAAUUACAAUACACAUUACGUAAAACGCUGUACAAAUUAACGAUGUUGCGGGGUUGUCUUGCGGAGGCAAGCUACACGUAUACACAGAAACAGCACCAAUUAUAUGACGUUCUAUUGUAGGCAGUAUCAUAUUCAAAUUCUUUAUAAUAGUUUGAAGACUAUGAACAUCACAGCAACUUACAUCUCAUUCAACUCUUAACAGAUAACUUUUGGUCCCACUCUGGAAUGUGGAACCCAAUGGUGCCUGUUAAGAGCUGAAUUAACUCUGUUAGAGCUGAAUUAACACUGGACAUUUUUGUGUGUACUGGGUCAUAUCUUCACUAUUUUUUGUAUUUAACCUUUAAGUUUUUGUUUUAUGACUCACAAAGCAUGCCAACAAAUGCACAUAGUCUUAUACAUUUUUUUUAAAGCUGCAAUUUUCAAAGUUCUGCCCUAUUACUUUAUUUAUUUAUUUUUUUAGCAUUACGUAAGAUAUAUACGUCCCACUUAAGUAGCCUAAUCCUGCUAAGCAAAUAAACAAAAAUAACAAAAAAUAAAUAAAUAAUAAUUUUGCACCUGUUUUGCAUUUUAAAUGGAAAUUGGUUUGGUAUGUUACAAUGUUUCUUUCCAGCAUUGUGUGUGUGUGUGUGUGUGUGAGCCGCCGGGCAGACGCGGUAUAAUUUAGAGGCGUUCAGACGCGGGAUAACUUACACAGUAUGUGAUAGGCUACCUAAAAAGAAUUGAAAUAGCUAUAAUUGUUCAACGACCCAGUUUUUAAAAUAAGCUCUGACUGCCCUUAAAUAGCAGUAGUGUAUUUAAAUGUUAAAAAUAUAAUUAAUAAGUAUAUCAUUAUAAACAUAUAAAAAUAGAAUAAUGAAUGUUACCUCAUCUUAGUCCAGAUCAAUCAAAACGACACUUUAAAUUAUCAUCAACAACGGCAAUAAUAAUAAUAAUAAUAAUAAUAAUAAUAAUAAGCAUCAUCGUCAUCAAUUUGUUAUCCCAGUUAGUAGCAACAGCAUUUAAGAGGCACUCCUUUUUGUGAAUUCUCUGGAUUCAGUAACUUCAAAAUAAGAUACCUUACCAAAGAACUUUGUGUUAAUCCUAAUUUGCACAAAAGAAGAUGCGAAGACGUCAAAUAAAAGGGGGCCUGCAACGUCUUAAAAGGUCAGACAGGGGUCUAGGGGGAAAAGAAAGUAGCACUUCAAGCUGCGUUAGCUAUCUCUUAUCAGGAUUAAACAUGCAAACACCCAGACGCGACUGUUAUGUUUUCCUUUAUUUAAAGCGACGUUUAAACCUAUUACAUGACUCCGUCAUAAAUGCUUUUAUCAAAUAAAUAUUAUAUUAAAUCUUUAUAGAAUUAAAUGUCUUUCAGGUCGCUCAUCAUUCCAGCUGUCUGUUGAGACGUCCGCGUUUCUGGUUGCUACUUGUGAAGAUUUAACCGUUUUACUGGCAAUCGAAUCAAAAAGCAAUUGUUUGUGCUUUUACGCCUGUACUGGGGUUUAAAUUUCAACACAUAAUAAUAAUAAUAAUAAUAAUAAUAAUAAUGCUGUUGUUUUUAUUUCUUCUUCUUCUAUUGUCAUAUUGCUGUUUAACUAAUUGGAUUUGGCCACUUGUCGGAACUGACUGAUUAGAAAAACAAAAUAAAUGCGGGUUUAUUUAUGAACAAAUCAGUACAUCACUGUGCUGUUGGUCUAUGCCAAAAUCUAUUGGAUACAAUAUUUAAAUGUAUAUGUUUCCUUAUUUAAGAUGCAGUAAAUAAUAGCUUGAGAUUAUGAUUAACACUGUUUGGCGUAAUAUCCAUAUGCUGCGCUAUAGGCCUAUUGUCAUUCCCUUGUGAAUGAAAGGAAACACAAAUCGUUUAAUUCGUUUUUUAGGUUUCCGACUGAUGUAAAAUUUCAACGCUUCUCAAUUAUGUGUUUGGUUUUGUUUUUAUUAGUUUGGCCACCAUCAAAAUAGACUUCAGUGUAAGAUUAAGGAACAAAUGAUGAAGUAAUUGCUCCAUACUGCAACAAGAAAGUAAGGUUAGAAUCAAUUAACUUGUAGUUUUUGUUCUUCCUAUUUUGGAAACACAGACUGACAAUGUUUUACUGAGUUUAAAUAACCAAAGACGUUCAGUGAGUUGCAAUUUUUAAGACUUAAAUGAUUUGGUCGACAAGGUUGCCAAAUACAAAAAUAGCCUACUGAGGUGGACUGUUUCCGCAACAUUGUGUUGCUUGUUUUUCUUAUCAAUUGAAGAUUGAUGAUUAAAUCUAAUUUGUUAUAUACUUAGACAGACUAAGGAUACUGAUCCCCUUGGUUGCUAUAACAUCUGAGGCUAGUUCCAUCUGAUAAAACGCCAUAAUCUGACACCAUUAUCUUUUCCUACUGUAUAAAUCCCUUUCAAGUCGUUGUGUAAAUGAACUUUUAAAGCGGGUCUUGGGGGAGAUCUGCGCCCCUAUUUCGGUUUCAUAUGAAUUUCCUUCUAGGGUUGACACGCAGAGAGCUCUUCCCCGCUAUUUGUCCUCGCGGAACACGGGGUGCCCUUUUGAUCAUUUCAAUCUCCCCUUGGUACAAUACUCCUGAUUGGCUGGAAGUGCAAGAAGGGGGAAAAUCUUUAAUUAAGCAGAUAAUCUCUUGUUGGGAUGAGAGCGGCUCCAUUUCAGAACCCCCCCUCGUCUCCCACAUGAAGCCUUCACACACCCGAAAUCUGCAUGUAGGUAUAUAGCCUUGUGCAAGAGACCCUCAACUUUUCAGCCAACAGAUCUGGUCGUCUUUAUCCAGGAUGUUUAUGCAUUUGGAGGUCUGCUAUUACAUUCUAAUAUUGGUGACCCACAUGAAGUCUUGUUGCAGUUGGUCAGUGAAUAAUUUCCUGAUGACCGGCCCAAAGGCCUAUCUGAUCUACUCCAGUAGCGUCGCUGCGGGAGCUCAGAGCGGCAUUGAGGAAUGCAAGCACCAGUUUGCCUGGGAGCGCUGGAACUGUCCGGAAAGAGCGCUCCAGCUUUCCACCCACAGUGGCCUCCGCAGUGCCAAUAGGGAGACGGCGUUCGUGCACGCCAUCAGCUCGGCGGGAGUCAUGUACACCCUGACCCGGAACUGCAGCCUGGGAGACUUCGACAACUGCGGGUGCGACGACACGCGGAAUGGACAGCUGGGGGGCCAGGGCUGGCUCUGGGGAGGGUGCAGCGAUAACGUUGGCUUCGGGGAGGCCAUUUCCAAGCAGUUCGUCGAUGCCUUAGAGACGGGGCAGGAUGCUCGGGCGGCCAUGAACCUGCACAACAACGAAGCUGGACGCAAGGCGGUGAAGGGGACAAUGCAGCGGACAUGCAAGUGCCAUGGCGUGUCGGGCAGCUGCACCACGCAGACGUGCUGGCUGCAGCUGCCCGAGUUCCGCGAGGUGGGCAACUACCUGAAGGAGAAGUACCACCGGGCGCUGAAGGUGGACCUGCUGCGGGGGGCGGGCAACAGCGCGGCCAGCCGCGGCGCCAUCGCCGACACCUUCAGCUCCAUCUCCCGCAAGGAGCUGGUGCACCUGGAGGACUCGCCCAACUACUGCCUGGAGAACAAGACGCUGGGGCUGGCGGGCACGGAGGGCCGGGAGUGCGUGCGGCGCGGGAAGAGCCUGAGCCGCUGGGAGAAGCGCAGCUGCAAGCGGCUGUGCGGGGACUGCGGCCUGGCCGUGGAGGAGCGCAGGGCCGACACGGUGUCCAGCUGCAACUGCAAGUUCCACUGGUGCUGCGCCGUCAAGUGCGACCAGUGCCGCAAGACCGUCACCAAGUACUACUGCGUGAAGAAGGGCCGCGCCGGACGCAGGAAGAGCCUCCGUCUCCGGCGGAAACACUGAGGCGGUGGUGGGGGGGGGGCGACUGCUGCUGCUGCGCGCAGAGGCUGUCAUCUUCAUUCCUAUUGGCCACGCCCCUAACAGCCACACCCCUAACUGCCACAUACCUAACUGCCACACCAAUAACAACCACACCCCUAUCAGCCACACCCCUGAGAACCACACCCCUAACAAUCACACUCAUAACAACCACACCUCUAACAGCCACACCCCCCACAGCCACAUCCCUAACAGCCACACCUAUAACAACCCCUCCCAUAACAGCCACACCCCUAAGAGCCACACCCCUGACAGCCACUCUUGUAACAACUACACCCCUAUUAGCCUCGGCCCUAACAACCACACCCUUAAUGGCCAUUCCACCCCACCCUCAUCCACACCAUAACCCCUAACCAUCAUACACCCUUCUCCACCCCCCAUUUAUGGAAAUGGCAUGCACUGCCAUAUAUUGAAACUAAAUAUAUUAAGAUAUUGCAAUGAGUUCACUCACAAAUGGGCAAAUUUACAAAUUAUGGCUACUUUCAGAUAUUGCAAUAUGUUAACAAAAAAUACAUUGCUGGGAAAUUUAUUUAUCUUUAUAUUUUCCAAAAAGUCCACAUAUGUGCAAAUAUGUUGCGGUAUAUUCCAUUUCCGAAGCAUCCACUCAAAGGUACCCCACCCUCAUCCCCCAAUCACCUCUAAUGGUUACCUACCCACAUACUCCACAUAUGGAGGAAGUACAGCUACUGGGAGCCAAGGACACACGCACUACUGGAUGGGGUGGCAAAUGUAAAUAAGGACAAUGGGGUUUUAUUGAACCUACAUAAUAGAACAUAAGGAGAGUAUAAUACACGCAUUAGAACUGUAUAGGAUUCAUACUAUAUGCAUAAAUAUAUUUUUGUAAAUUGUUUUGUUUUUUCAGAUGUAUUUGUGAAGUGACUUAAUUUGCUUUGAGAUGCAUUUAAAACUAAUUUGGCGCAAAAAUGUUGAAGGCAUAUUUGAUUUAACGAGUCAGUGCAGGCUAUUCAAAAAUACAAACUCUAUAAGGAGAAAAACAGUGUCAUAACAGUACCCCCCUCUCCCCCCCAGCACCCCCCAUUAUUGUACUUCAUUAUUCCUAUCAGUACUGUAGUAAAGUUACCAUCGGCUAUGGAAUUUGGAAUUUGUGAUUUGUGCCUUUACGUUUUUUAAUUGGACAAGUCAAAAAAGUGUGGGAGGAUUAGAACUUAAUACAAAUGUGGGAAUUGGAGUACACUGGGUCCGACAUAGAGCUGUAUUUGGAAGGAAAGGACUGGGCAUACAUUCCUAUUGAUUUUCUACACAAUUAAACAGUAAAAUGCAACAAUAUACAUCAGCCUCGAAAAGAACAUUAGCCUCUAAAGUGUGUGGGUGCACAUUACACCCUGGUAGCACCCCUCAAAACACACAUGCAUUUCCCACAAAAUGUCCCCCAUAUUUCAAAUAUUUCCCCCCUCGUUUCCCCCCAUAGAAAUGGUUCACACUCUUAUUUCGAUAAAAUGGCUUGCGCUCUCAUUUGGUAAAAUGCCUUUCAGGAGCUAUGGUGUAGACUUUUUUUGUAUUUACUUUCUUUACUCUGAUCAUUUCUGGUUUACUGCUAUAUACAGUAUAUACAGUACAGGCUGAAACCAGAUUUUUCCACAAAUUUAUGCACAAAAACCACAUUCUUGGCCAUGCCCCACUGGUUUAUUUAAUUGUACAUAUAUUGAGCACUUUGUAAAUUGUUAAUUUAUUGCAGUUAUUCCUGGUUAAUUUGCUUUUUAUGGUGUUUUUUUUCUUUCUUGGUUUGUGUGUCUCUUGAGUUUCUUGGUAUCAAGCUUUUAUGAGUAAAGUUAUACUUAAAAGCCA